AACUCGUCCUUCCUGUACGUACUCUUCCUCUCCGUCGCGUUGGUUUCCAUUUGCUUCUUUUCCAAGUCAAGUUGCGAUUUUUCUUCCUCUUCGGAUGUAAAAGGGUCUCGGCUAGGGUUCAAAGGAGCAUUUUUGUAUCUGCAUCUCAGCUCUAGUUAUUCGCGGCAGCAACGACGAUGUCGGUAAGGACUGUCAAAGUGAGCAAUGUUUCUCAUAGUGCAACUGAACAAGAUAUCAAUGAGUUCUUUUCCUUCUCGGGAGAUAUUGAUCACGUUGAACUGAAGAGCUUUGAUGAAUGGUCUAGAGUUGCUUAUGUCACCUUCAGGGAUUUCCAGGGAGCUGAGACUGCAUUGCUUCUAUCGGGUGCUACUAUAAUUGAUCAAUCUGUCAUCAUCACAAGUGCUACAGAUUAUCAGCCUCCACGCACCAUGUCACUCCCUCCACCAUAUGAAGAGAGCAAAUCAACCAAUGGCUCGCCGUCCGUUGUUCGAAAAGCCGAAGAUGUCGUUACAACCAUGCUGGCGAAAGGUUUUGUUUUGGGCAAAGCCCCUGUCGACAAAGCGAAAUCCUUUGACGAGAAGCACCGGAUAACAUCGACGGCGACCGCCAAGGUUGUUUCUUUGGAUCGAAAAAUUGGGCUAAGCGAGAAGAUUAGUGCAGGUGCUUCAGCUGUGAAUGGGAAGGUCAGGGAGGUGGACCAGCGAUUCCAGGUAUCUGGGAAAACCAAAUCAGCCAUUACAGUUGCUGAACAGAAGGUGAGUAGUGCAGGUUCAGCAAUGCUGAAGAACAAGUAUAUCUUCAGUGGGGUAUCAUUUGUAACUGGUGCUUUCAGCAAGGUUGGUCAGGCUGCUAGUGAUGUGGGAUCAAAGACAAAAGAAAAGGUUAUGGCUGAGAAAAUGAAGAAGGGGACUUUCUGAUAAGAUCUUGAUACUUCUAAAUAUAUUAUUAGUUUGCUAUUUGUUUUUUUUUUUUUCAUUAUCUAAUUUUGGAUUAAGAUAAUUGAUAUGUUGUUGAAAA